UUAUUAUUAUUUUACAUGUGUAUGUAUACAUAACCUUCAAGGUCGCUGCAUUGUCUAAUCCACUCUCAACUCCUUCAAAUGUUUCAGAGACGUUUGGCCCAGAAUUGUUCUUCUUCCAGUCUUCUUUUGUAUUGAUCUCUGCCUCUUGAUCAUCACCUCUUUUGGAUCCACCAGCUUCUUCAUCAACCACAGAUCUCCUCUUAAAUGUUUUCUUCACAUUAUUUCACUUGACUCCCCCGGUUUCUGCCGAUAUGAGCAAUACAAUGAGACCCAGUGCUAAAGUGAUGUUUCAUUUAGUCUACGACAGGGGCUGACACUAACCCUGUCAAUCCAUUUCCUUCAAUUCUCUCUUCUUCUUCUUCUUUCUCCUCCUACAUCUCUCUCUUCAGACACACACACACACACACACACGCAUACAUAUAUUCCUUUCUCCGAGAAUGGAAUCGAAAAAAGGGAAAGGAAAGAAAGGUCUGAUCAUCAAGACAUGGGAGCGAUGCAAGUCUAUCGGACGCGGCGGCAAAAACAAACGAUACAAGGCGAUUGAAUCAUUGAUGGGUAUGGGAAGCAGAAGCAAAUCCUGCCCUAACUUUGACCUCAAGGUGUUCGGAGAAAAGCCAUCGAACAAGAAAUCCCAUCAUUUUGCUCCAGAAGGUUGCUUCUCCGUCUACGUGGGCCCUCAGAGGCAGAGAUUUGUGAUCAAAACAGAGUUUGCCAACCAUCCUCUCUUCAAGAUCUUGCUGGAAGAAGCAGAAUCAGAGUAUGGAUAUAACAGCCAAGGCCCCUUAAUCCUUCCCUGCGACGUUCACAUAUUCCUUAAGGUACUCAUGGAAAUGGACCAAGAAACUGAUGAAGAAAUCCGUCAAGGCUGUGCUUUUGUGAAGCGUUCUGGCUCAUAUCACCUUCUAACUCCAUCUCGAGUGCUCGCCAUAAAUCCCCCGUGAACUGAUCUUUGUGAAUUCAGAGUGUUUUGGUUUUUCUUCUCUGCUUUCAGUUUCUUCUGUGCUUCUUUUACUUGAAGCAGUGCACUUUUAAGCUUGAAUGCAAAUACAAUAUGUAUAUCUAUAUAUAUGUGUGUGUGUGUAGCAUAAGGGUGAAUAAGAAUUUUAUGGUGAGUUUGUGGCAUUUGGAUGAUCGAGAUGAAGACUAUAACUACUGGUUAGUGUUAGGAUUUGUCUAAGUGGUCUGCGAGUGUCGUCCAUGGCUUGUAAUUGCUGUGACGUAUCAGAUAUAUAAUAACUGGGUAAUUGCUUGCUUUAAAGCUUAUUGA